GUGUUAUGUGGAGGGCAGGGCUUGGAGCGAAAAAAGCCGCUGAUCAUCAUUUUCAAAUGCUGCCUGCAAAUAGUGUUCACGGACUUUGUAGUCCAUGAGAUGUGAUUCAAAAACCCCACGGAGCGUUUUAUGUUUUUGGGACCUUCAGAUGGAUUUGUUAAUGCAGUUUUUUAAGGUUGUUUGAACCUACAGAAUUUUUUCAUGGUUUUCCAAUUUGUUCUACUGGAUGCCUUAUAAGGAGCACGAUCACCAGCUUUAAGAAGAAUGGAGAGAAUAUUUUAUCCUUACAUAUCAUGCUUACCCGUAGCCUUUCUACCUUCUGCACCACCGGUAUUCAAGUACCAGAAACACUCCUAAAAACUCUUUUGUAGUCUAUUUUUCCAUGUUAUUUUUUAUUAUGAAAUACCUCAAGCUCAUCUUUUCUGAAUCUUUUGUAUUCUAAGACUCAAUGUUAUGUGUCAGAUCCGCCUGUAGAGAGGGAUUUUUACCUCCAUUUUUUUCAUUUCCUGGACAAUCACAAAUUGAGACUCAACAAUCCAUUUCUAUUUUAUCCCUCAAAAACUACAAAUCAAUCCACCCAACGGACUGAGAUUUAUAGCUGGGGCUGCGUUCUGUUUUAAACAAGAUGUGGUCAACUUUUUUUCUGACUGACGAAGAGGGCCGCACCGUGGUCCCGGGGACAGCAGGAGCAGGUGGAAUGGCUGCACCAGGAGGACCAGCACAAGGUGCAGGGGGUCUGACCAGUUUAAUGGGUGGACGCGGCACCUUUGGUGGGAACAAGAGACGCAGGACAACGUCAGCUGGACAUGCCAUGAGUGAAGCCCAGGAGGGAAAGAUCAAGCUGGCAUUUUUUGUGGCUAUAGUUGGUGUCGUCCUGACAGUCCUUGGAGUUGGGACAGAGUUCUGGGUGGAACUGGCGCCCCCAAAGAAUUUUUAUAACAAUCAGACAUGCCUGACAGCUCACUAUGGUCUGUGGAAGGGCUGCACUAAGACCCUGUGGGUGUCUGAUAUCGACCCAGAACGUGAGAGCUGUGGACCUGCAGAGCUGCCUGGAGAAUCCAACUGCACCUACUUCAAAUUUUUCACAACGGGGGAAAAUACUGUCAUGUUUCAGAAGACAACACACAAGAAUUUGAAUAUGGCUGCAGCAAUGUUGGCCCUUUUCAGCCUUUUCCUGAUGGUGAUGGGGGCCAUCUGCAUCACCAUGGCUCUCAGUAAGGAGAUUCUCUUCUUCCUGAAGCCAGCAUCCAUAUGUUUUAUACUGUCAGGUUUUCUGGUGCUCAUGUCUCUCUUGGCUUUCCACCAGUCUGUCCUAUCUUUCUUGGCCAGUGACCACACGGUUCCUCUCCACCAUGAGCUCUCCUGGUCCGUGUCGUGUAUCGGCUGUGCAGGCGCUGUUCUCAUUGUGGGUGGAAUCCUCUUCCUGCUGCUGGCGCUGCCCUGUAGCCCGUGGCAGAGGUGUCUCCCUCAUAAGGAAGGCAGCAGUUAGUGGCUUUUAGGUGAAGAUUUCUGCACUUUACCUGCUAAAAGGAAGGAGGAGUGGAAAGGCGAGGAUGUUUCCCUCACACAUCCAAUCAAAAAGAUCACCUUCUCUGAAUUGAAACAGUAGAGAUUUUUGAGAUAUUUAGUAUUUAGAAAAAAAUAGCAGGGACUAUUUUCAUUUUAAAAGAUGAAUUUAUUGGAUUUUGAGUUAAGGUCACAACUAUCUAGUGGAUGCAUCAAACACCUACUAGCUGAUACUGAUAUUCUCUUUCCUUUGAGGUCUGACCUGCUGAUUUAAACAUUCUUACUAAUACAAACUAAUUUGUGUAAACUCUGUUUCAUAAGUUAACUUACUAGUGAGACUUUUAGGUCACUCAAAUUCAUUUUAAAUAUUGUUUAUAAACUAUCCUGGUAAUGUUUUGUUGCUUAAUAGAUGUUUAAUACCUUUACUCUUACAAACUCUCCUAAAAGACAAAUCCCAAAUUCUGUGUACAUUAUUUUGAGACAUCACAGAGGUCCUCUAAAUACAGAAUAGAGUAUUGCUAAGACUAAUGAAUGCAAACAAAGUACAACUACUUGUUUGCAUUUUGCUUUUAUUAUCUAUAGCUGCAGCAAAACCCUAGAUAGGUUGCCGCAUAAGUUGGGGCAAAAAAACAUUGGAAAAUAAUUUGUGAUGAGAAUCACAAUAGACUGGAGUGACAUGCAAAACUGCCGCAUCAUUGCGACAGCUGUCAACAAUGACACAAUGGCUCCAGUCAAACAAGUCAACCCCGCCAUGCCUGCGCAUGAAACAUGAUCCCAGGAAUAAUACAACAAACAAAACAAACAUGUAAAGGGCAGUUAACAAUGUCUGCACAAAUCACUAAAUUAGGCCCUGGACACUGUUCACUGUGUAGAGUACUUAGUAUAUUGCUUCUGUAUUAACAUGUUGCAAAGCUAGUUGAGGUAAUAGCCUCACAAUAAGGCAUAUAUGAGUAGCAAACAUGUUGACAAAAAAAUCAAAUAAGUAACUUUAAGUAAGAAUAUAAAUAGUUUUGCACCAGGUUGACUUCUCAAAAUGACUGUUUAAUUGUAAAGUUAUUGAAAAGGAAAUGUACAUCAGUUGUUUGAAUUUUAUCUCUAAAAUAACUUAGAGUGGUAAACAGAGGCAAAUUAAUUGUUGUAUUCGUCAUCAUUAAAUUUAUAUUCAUAACUACAUCAUUUGGAAUAAGAUUCUGUCAGUAAAGCAGAUAAUUCGCUAUUUGGAUAAAUAGCAUAUUAAUUUGCACUACAGGAUAGAAUAUGAUUAUAGUGACCUUCCUGACUAGAUUUGUGUGGGAAACAUGUGAACAUUGUCUUAUAAACCUAGAAAGUUUGGAAGAAAUACACUGUUGAAUUUGUUACUUACCAAUAAAUGACAUCUGGAAAUUUGACAACGUCUUAGACGUCAUGUUUCUGAUUAUAUAUUCAAAUAAAAAAAAAAAAAAUAAGACAAACUUAAAUUCACAGUAAUAUCAGUCACUGUUUUUAAAGUUGUUAAAUCUCUCAAAGUUUUACAUAAGGUGUAUUCAACUACAAUGUUUUUUCUCCUAAAUGUGCCAAUAUUCUAUGAAAAUAUUUGGCUUUGCCAGCCAUGUUGAUUUGAGUGCAUUCAUUUGAACUUUCAGUUUUUCUUCUUGUUUCUGUCAUUUGACAAAUUCUGAUAAAUGAUAACAUCAAUAUGAACAAAAGCUUUUCUUAUGAAACAAACAGUUUAUUAACCUCCGAACUGUGAACCUCAGUUAGAAAAAAUUUUUUUUCAGAUAAUAUGAGAAAAAAUGUUUUGUUUGUACUUCCUAACUUUUGAUGUGUUACCUUUUGUUUUUGUAUAUUUGAUGUUUGGUUGAUGAAUAGAAGAGCAAAGAUCAUCAGUAACUAUAAAACUACUGACAGGUGACUUCAACAUUGAUUAUCCAUAAUGUUGAUGCUCUUCUUACAUGUCUUACUUUAAAAAGUUGUUGUACAUUAAAGAAUUGCAGUGCCUGCCUGUCAAAACCAAUCAAUUAAUUUCUAGGAAUCUAAUAAACACAACACAUUCAACACAACGUCCACAUAUUGUACUAUGAUAAAUACUACACCAGGUUCAGGAUUACCUUUUAAUUUGCAUGAGGCCUUAGUAAAAAUCAUUUAAAAUUAUAUUUUCUUCUUUUAUACUUUCGAGAUAUAAACUUUAGUUUUUGACUUAGAUGUAAACACUGUUUGAACUUUUUCUUUUUGAAGUAUUGAACUAGCAGAGAAUGCUCACCUGGGUAUACAUGCAAUCCUACGCCUUAUUUGUAAAUACUAAAACAGAAAAGAGGAAUCCAAAAUUUGUGUGUUUCUGGCUGUUGUACCAAACCUAUACACAGUCCUGGCAUCAAAACCAAGGGAUAUACCAGACUUACUGUGUUCUAUUUAGUUGUUAGGAUAUUUGGUUUCCUGUUUGACUUACUCCAUUGUGUCUUGCUGUUGUUCCACCUUUUGACAUUUUCUUAGUUUGCAACAGCUUAGCUGUUUGAGUUAUUCCAGUCGUAUUUUGAUUAACCAGGGUUUAACCAUUUGUACUGUUAUAGUGAUGCUUGAUAUCACUAUGAUAUAUUACAGCUUUCUAUUAGUCAAAUUAUGCAUUGUAUGUUAACCAUAAGAGCAAGUGCACCAGUGACGUGCGGUGAGGUUCAUAGCUGGUGAGGCACUGACAUCAUCAGAAUCAGAUUUGUAAGAUGUCAGAUGUCCUGCUCGGUUUCGAGCAGGACAUCCACAAAGCCAGUCUUUUCGUGAAUACCACUCGGUUUGAAAAGAGCGGUUAACCUUCUGUCCCGUAGUCUGAAACAAACCUUUCAGCUCCGGCGUUGGUCUUCCUUUGGUUAUUAUCUCCUGCUUCGAUUGAAAGUCCACUUGAGAAAACUUUUUUAGUGUUGUAAUGUAGUCAUCCAUGUCGAAAGUCGGGAUAAGCGAGAGGAAAAAAAUCACUAUCUCUAUUAUAAUCUAUCGC